CAGAGCUGAGAUGGAUAAUCCUGCCAUGCUCAUCCUCCUGCCUCCUGUGCUGAGGAACAGGAAGGACGUCCUCUUUGGAAACAUGCCCAAGAUCUAUGACUUCCACAACAAAAUUUUCCUGCACAGUUUGGAAAACUGCCUGGGAGCACCUGAAAGAGUGGGAUGUUGUUUCCUAGACAGGGAGAAUUUCCAGAUGUAUGAGAAGUACUGCCCGAACAAGCUCCGUUCAGAGUCCCUGUGGAGGCAGUGCUCCAAAAGCUCCUUCUUCCAGGAAUGCCAAAGAAAAUUAGAACACAAACUCGGGCUGGAUUCCUAUCUGCUCAAACCAGUGCAUCUGAAGACAGUCAUCUGCUGCAAGCUCAUUUGA